ACUCCAUCUCCCGACUCCCCCCUUCUUCCUCUUUUGCCUUCAGAGAGAAGUGGGUGGGAGGAUUCGAGUGAGGCGGCAGAAUUCCAAGACUUUGGAAAUUUGUCCCAUCCCAACCUUGAACUCGGCGCCACUGCUCCUUUGGGUCGAGACCGGGAGGGUGACUGCCUGCCUGCCUGCCUGCCCGCCUGCCCGUCCCGAAACCCACCCCCUCCUUACGGACCUUAUCAAGAGGAUAAUGAGCACAACUCUGCUGGCUGUCAUUGACCACUGAUACGAUUCUUCUCUUUGCUUUCUUCCACUUGAGCAGCAAGUAGAGUGUGGAGUGGCCGCCGCAUCCGCUCAGGAUGACAAGGCACAGGUUGAUACCGCUCUGCGCCCUCGUGGGGGUCCUGCUUGCAGGAUUUCUUCCAAAACUCGAUGCGCAGGAUGCGCAAGAUUCCGCAGACCUUGUUCUCUUAAUUGAUGGAUCGCAGAACGUUGGAGCAGCAAACUUUCCAUAUGUUCGUGAUUUGGCAUUGACAAUCGUUGAGGGCCUCAAUGUGGGCAGGGAGGCUGUUCGGGUGGCCUUAGCCCUGUACCACGACAACCCAGAGAUUCAGUUUUAUCUCAGUAGCUAUGAGAGCAAAGCAUCCGUCCUGGAGGCUGUGAAGGAACUUACAUACUCAGGGGGUACCCAAGCGAACCUGGGCCUGGCCUUGAACGAAGUAGCCCAAAGCCUUUUGAGCCAAUCGGCAGGGGGCAGGGCAGAGGAUGAAGUACCCCAGAUGGUGGUCGUGAUCAGCGCUGGGCCAUCCACUGAUGAUACCGGUGCUGGCGACCGGGCCCUUAGGAGGGCCGGAGUUAUCACGUUUCUCGUGGUCAUCGGUGACACCGCCACUGCAGAUCUGGAAGCAAUCGCUACCGAUAGGUUGUUUGUCCUGUCGGCCCCUGAUUUCACAGCAUUGGGGAACGUGGGUGACCAGCUGUCGCCGUUGGUUCAGGGUGUGGUCCAGCGCAACAUUAUAAUACAGAAUGAGUUCACAGAAGUCUUGGACAUUGGAAAACGAGACAUCAUUUUCCUCCUUGACAGCACAAUGGGCGCCACCGUUAUCAACUCCGUGCGAGAGUUCAUCCGGAGGUUCGUUGAGACCAUGCCCAUCGGCCCGGACAGCGUGCAAGUGGGUUUGGCUCAGUUCAGCAACGUCCCCCGACUGGAGAUAGACCUCAAUUCUUAUGGAACCAGGGACGAACUCAUGGCCGCUUUGGGUCGGAUCAAACCCAGACAGGGCCAGGCAGUCAACAUCGGAGCAGCCUUGGACUUUGUGAGGACAGAUAUGCUGCGGCCCGACAAGGGCAGUCGCCGUCAACAAGGCGUCCCGCAGCUUUUACUCUUAAUGACAACUAAAAAGUCCACAGACGACGUGAUCGGGCCGGCCAGGGCUCUGCAGGAAAUGGGUGUACUCACUUUGGCCGCUGGUUCCAAGGUGGCUGAUGAUCAAGAGCUGAAUCAGAUUGCCUUUGACGAAAGCGCCGUGUUCAAGAUGAGGGACUUCCGUAUGCUACUUCGCAGCCCAAAGUUGAUCAUCGACGCACUUUCCACUCUCGCUGGUGUCGUGGUGACUGAAGUGCCCACUGAGCCAGUGGUGGAGAUAACAACGGUGCAGACUCAAAGAGUGGUCAGAGACAUUGUUUUCCUCGUGGAUGGCUCCAACUACAUUGGCAGCAAUAACUUUCCAUAUGUGCGAGACUUCAUGAUUAACGUGGUCAAUCAACUGGAAGUGAACCCAGAGAGAGUCCAAAUCGGCCUCAUGCAGUUUGCCGAGCAGCCCAAAAUUGAGUUUUAUCUCAACACCGCACGCGACAGGCAAGAUGUUGUGGACCGGAUCUCACAAAUGAGAUUGACGGGAGGCUCCUUUUUGAACACGGGUACCGCCAUGGAAUACGCUCUCCGCAACAUGUUCAGCGUGGCAGCGGGCUCUCGCCAGAGGCAAGGAAUCCAGCAGGUGCUGGUUCUCAUCACAGGUGGUCCGGCCCAGGAUGAAUUGAAGAGCGUUGCUGAUAAGCUAGCUCUUGGAGGUGUUCUGACCUUUGUGGUCAGUUCCGGGCAAGCAGACCAGACUGUGCUGCAAUCGGUCGCCUUUGUACCAGACUUGGCUUACCAUGAGCCAAGUUUCUCUUAUUUGCCAGCCGUGGCUGAACAAAUCAUGCCAAAGUUAAUCACGGUGGUUGGUGAUACGAAUCUGGAAACAGGCACUGAAGAACCUGCGGUUAUCGGCUUUGAAAGGGAUGUCGCCUUCCUUAUUGAUGGUACCGACUCCGUUCGGCCAGACUUUAUAUACGUCCGGGAUUUUAUCCUCAAAGUCAUUGAACCACUUGACAUCGGGACUGACAAAGUGCGAGUUGCGGUGGUUCAGCACAGUGAGAGGCCAACACCCACUUUCUACCUGAACACCCAUCAGACCAAAGACGAGGUUGUGAGAGCCGUCAGUCAAAUGCAACUAGCCGGAGGACGCAGUCUCAACACCGGCUCAGCUCUGAACUUCAUGCGGGACACGAUCUUGUCCGAGAGAUAUGGCAGCCGCAGGGAACGAAAUGUUCCGCAGUUUUUGAUCGUUCUGACCGGAAGUAGAUCCACGGACAAUGUGAAAGAGCCUGCCGGCGUGCUGAAGACCGAGGGCGUUGUGCCAUUUGGCGUCGGCGUCAAGGAUGCGGACCGAAAGCAGAUCGAGGAGAUUUCGCACAACCCUUCCUUUGCCUUCAAGGUGAAGGAAUUUAGUGAGCUCGACACUGUGCCUCAACAACUCAAUGCCUAUGUGAGCCUUCCGCCAACCCAGCUAGAGAUCAUCCUCCGGGAAGUACAAGGUCAUGCUGUAAAAAGAGAUAUUGUGUUCCUACUGGAUGGCUCUGAAAACACCAGAAAUGGGUUUUCAGACAUAAAACUCUUCCUUAAGAACAUAGUGGAGAGUCUCAAUGUCGGUGAAAACCAAGACAGGGUGUCUGUGGUUCAGUUUGCUGAUAAGCCCAAGGUCGACUUUUAUCUAAAGUCCCACACGUCAGAGAGUGACGUUAUGAAGGCCAUUGAGAAUUUAAGCCAUGGUGGCGGUGGAAGACGCCUUAAUGUUGGAGCGGCACUGCAGUUUGUGAGACAAAGCGUCUUCACAUCCUCCUCCGGCAGCAGGGGGUUGGAAGGCGUGCCGCAGAUUUUGAUUCUUCUAGCUACAAAGCCAUCCACCGAUGACGUGAGGAGCCCAGCUCUUGCUCUUAAGGACCACAAAAUUGUGUCUGUGGGGGUCGGAGUGGGCAGCGUCAAUUUUUCAGACUUGGAAAUGGUUGCCUUUGAACCUGGUUUCAUUUACAAGGUUGUCCGUUUUUCCGAGUUGCCCUCAAUCCGAUCUAACCUCAUUGCGGCACUGAACUUAAUAAAAGAUGCCACUGAGUCAACAUCUGAUUUAACAGUGCAACAAGACUCCCUACAAAGAGACAUUGUGUUUCUGGUGGACGGUUCAGAUGAAACUUUGAGUGGAUUUCCGUACGUUAAAAGUUUCAUUAAACAAGUGGUUGAAACACUCAAUGUCGGUGAGAAUGGGGACCAGAUCUCUGUGGUCCAGUAUAGCAGCGACCCACAGAUGCACUUCAGUUUCAACACUUAUAGUGAUUUACAAGAUAUUCUUAUGACUGUUGAGCAGUUGAAACACAAAGGUGGUGGGCCUCGUAACACUGGGGCAGCUCUUGAAUAUGUGAGAACCAACACCUUCGCAGAGUCCUCUGGGAGUCGGCACAAAGAAGGUGUGCCUCAGAUAUUGAUUCUGUUGAACGGGGGUGCAUCUCAAGAUGAGGUCAAGAGCAUUGCUGCCGCUCUUAAACAGGACCAAGUUGUCGCCUUCUGCGUUGGAACCAAAAAUUCCGAUCUACUCGAGCUACAAACCAUUGCGCAUGAACCAUCCUACGCCUUUGCUCUGCGACAGUUUGAGGAUAUUGGAAGAAUCUAUCAGCAGCUAGUUUCCUUUGUGAGAAGAGUGCCUCGACAGACCGGGUCAAAGCCUCAGACUGUAUUCGAUUCCAUGAGACGGGACAUUGUAUUUUUACUUGACGGAUCCGAUAAGUCUGAACCAAGAUUCCAAGACAUUAAGGACUUUGUGUUAGGCAUAGUAGCAGAGCUUCACAUUCAUGCAAACAAUGACCAGGUGGCUGUGGUUCAGUACAGCAACACGGCACAGAUUCACUUUGACUUGGGGCGUUUUUCCUCAGCAGACGUUGUUGUUGACACAAUAAGAGAUCUGAGUCACAAAGGUGGUUCGCCGAACAAUAUUGGCGCAGCCCUCCAGUAUUUGAGGGAGCAUGUCUUUACCCCAGAUGUAGGGAGCAGAUUCCCACAGGGUGUUCCACAAAUCCUUUUUGUGCUGAGCAAUGAAAGGUCGGCUGAUGACAUAAGAGUGCCUGUCAGAAUGCUGAAAGAGAUUGGCGUAAUCAUAGUUGCCAUUGGAACAGCAAAUGCCGAUACCCUAGAACUUCAGACAAUGUCUCAUGAUGCGAAAUAUGCACUUUCUGUAAGCAAUUACAAGGAACUCCAUUCUGCUAAGGAAAGUGUUCUCUCACUACUUAAAGAGGUUGACCACCAUUUAGAGCAAUCAGCCCCAGUGGAGAGUUUUGAAACAAGGAAAAAUGAUGUGGUGUUUCUGAUUGAUGGAUCAUAUGACUCACGAAACAAUUUUGAAGCCAUACGCACAUUUAUUGAACAAAUGGCAGAAACCUUGAGCCUUGAUGACAGAGACCAGAUGGCUGUCGUUCAGUACAGCCGCAAUUCCACCGUCAAUUUCUAUUUGAAUUCUUAUUCAUCGAAGACGGAUGUGCUCAAUUCCAUCCGAACCAUGGGGCAUAAGUAUGGCAGACCCCUCUACCUUGGCAAAGCACUGGAGUUUGUCAGAGACAACGUAUUUGCAGCUUCGGUUGGAGGCCGACGUGCAUCUCUGGUUCCUCAGUAUCUGUUUGUUUUUAGCGGUGGCAGAUCCAAGGAUGACGUAAGAGGACCAGCACAAUCACUCAAAGAAAUUGGAAUAAAGACGUUCUCUAUUGGAACAAACAAUGCAGAUACAUUGGAAAUGCUAAACAUUUCUUUUACGCCAUCAUACUAUUUUUCUGUCACAAGCUUUGCAAAUCUGCCAAGUGUUCAUGAACCUAUCAGAGCAAUGUUGAGAGAUAUCGAUGAUACGACUGGAUAUACGCCGACCAUUGGUACUUCCACAGGUACAGAAUUAGAACUUGGUGGUCCUGCUGACAUUGUUUUUCUACUUGCUGGAUCUGAUUAUAUGAGAGCAAACGAAGGAUCAGUUUUGGACUUUGUGAGACAGUUUGUUCAAGAAGUAGAAAUUGGACCAAGCAAUGUACAAGUUGCAGUCGUUCAAUACGGCACAGAGGCCACAGCAGAGUUUGUCUUGAACUCCUAUGGACAGAAAGAUGAUUUAAUGAUUCACCUGAGCAAUGUCAAACUAAGAGGAGGGUCCAUUGUGAACACUGGUGCGGCCCUAGACUUUGCUAGAAAUUACGUGUUUACUGCAUCAGCAGGAAGCAGAGCCGAGCAGGGAAUCCCUCAGACAAUGAUUGUCUUAAGUGGGAAAAAGUCUGAUGACAAUGUUGCAGAGCCACGGGAUGGCCUGAGAGAUGCUGGCAUUGUCCUUUAUAGCAUUGGAAUACAUGAUGCAGAUAAACAAGAAAUGGAGGAAAUAUCACACAGUGUUGAAUCUGCAUAUUUUAUCAACGAAACAUCUAUCUUGCCAAAGUUGACAAAGCAUUUACUCUCUGCAAUUUUAUCGCGUGAAAGCAUACGCAACACUGGUGCUGCUGCAACUGACACCAAAAAGGAUAUUGUGUUCCUUCUGGAUGGUUCUGAUGGCACAAAGAAUGGAUUCCCUGCUAUGCGUGACUUUGUUGAGAGAGCGGUAGAGUCAUUCAAAGUGGGAGCAGAGGGAGACCGUGUCUCAGUGGUCCAGUACAGCAGAGAUCCAGAGGCCAAUUUUUAUCUGAACACCUACACCACAAAAGAGGAUGUUAUCAGCGCAGUCAGAGGCCUGAGUCACAGAGGAGGCAGACCCCUCAAUACAGGGGCUGCCCUCCGAUAUGUCGGGGACAAGAUCUAUACAAAGUCCUCAGGGAGUAGACGAGCGCAAGGUGUUCCACAGAUAUUAAUCUUGCUAAAUAGCAGGCGGUCUUUUGAUGGUGUUGAUGAGCCAGCUUUUGCUCUCAAAAAGCAGGGCAUCUAUACAAUAUGCAUUGGAACUCAGAGCUCUGACAAGAACGAGCUGCAGAAAAUAUCCAAUGACCCAAGCUAUGCUUUAGCAGUACGUGACUUCGCAAGCCUACACAAUGUCCAAGAAAAGCUAUCCUCUGUAAUCAGAAGAGUGCUAAGGGCCACAUCCAUCACAACAACGACUGCGGAAGCCAAAAAGGACAUUGUAUUCCUUCUGGAUGGUUCUGAUGGCACAAGGGCUGGCUUCCCCGCCAUGCGCAAUUUUGUUGAGCAAGUGCUGGAGAAACUCAAUGUGGGCGCAAACAAAGACCAUGUCUCUCUGGUCCAGUACAGUACAGAUCCAGAGGCCAAUUUUUAUCUGAACACGUACACCACAAAAGAGGAUGUGGUCAACGCAAUCAGAGGCCUUAGACACAGAGGAGGCAGGCCCCUCAACACAGGGGCCGCCCUCCGAUACCUGAGAGACAACGUCUUUACAAACUCCGCAGGGAGUAGGCGCACGCAAGGUGUUCCGCAGAUCUUGAUCCUGCUAAAUGGCGGCAGGUCUUUUGACAGCGUUGAUGCGCCAGCCUCUGCUCUCAAACAGCAUGGCGUCUUUACAAUCAGCAUUGGAACUCAAAACUCUGACAGCAGCGAGCUGAAAAAGAUAUCCCAUGACCCUCGCCACGCUCUCGUGGUAUCUGAGCUCUCUGACCUCCCCAGUGUCCAAGAACAGCUCUCCUCUGUAAUCAGCAGGGUACUCAGAGCCACACCAAUGACACCAACAGUAACUGCUGCCAAACCGGGAAGGGAUGUGGUUUUCUUGUUGGAUGGCUCCAAUGCCACAAGAAAUACAUUCACAGCAAUGAGGGACUUUGUCCAAAGAGUCGUAGAGACGCUGAGUUUGGAUGACGACAAAGAUCGUGUCUCCUUGGUUCAGUAUAGCACGGACGCAGCAGUCCAGUUCUAUCUCAACACAUACACAACCAAAGGCGAGAUCCUUGACAUUGUCAAAGGAUUGAGGCACAGAGGUGGAAGAACCCUCAACACCGGAGCAGCUCUCCAGUACUUGAGGGAUAAUGUCUUCACAGCCUCUGCCGGCAGCAGACGCCUUGAAGGAGUCCCACAGAUCCUGAUUUUGCUCAGCGGCGCAAGGUCUUCUGACAGUGUGGAAGCACCAGCUUCUGCUCUCAAACAGCUCGGAGUGCUGAUCUUUCCCAUCGGUACCAGAAGCUCCGAUAGCGCAGAGCUGCAAAAGAUAGCCCACGACCCCAGAUAUGCUCUCUCGGUGACUGAAUUCACCGACCUCCCCAGGGUCCAACAACAGCUUCAGUCUUCUGUGGAGGCUGUGGUGAUUGACGUCACCCCAGAAACGCCACCGGUAAUUGCGGAAGCCAAAAAGGACAUUGUAUUCCUUCUGGAUGGUUCUGAUGGCACAAGGGCUGGCUUCCCCGCCAUGCGCAAUUUUGUUGAGCAAGUGCUGGAGAAACUCAAUGUGGGCGCAAACAAAGACCAUGUCUCUCUGGUCCAGUACAGCACAGAUCCAGAGGCCAAUUUUUAUCUGAACAUGUACACCACAAAAGAGGAUGUGGUCAACGCAGUCAGAGGCCUUAGACACAGAGGAGGCAGGCCCCUCAACACAGGGGCCGCCCUCCGAUACCUGAGAGACAACGUCUUUACAGACUCCGCAGGGAGUAGGCGCACGCAAGGUGUUCCGCAGAUCUUGAUCCUGCUAAAUGGCGGCAGGUCUUUUGACAGCGUUGAUGCGCCAGCCUCUGCUCUCAAACAGCAUGGCGUCUUUACAAUCAGCAUUGGAACUCAAAACUCUGACAGCAGCGAGCUGAAAAAGAUAUCCCAUGACCCUCGCCACGCUCUCGUGGUAUCUGAGCUCUCUGACCUCCCCAGUGUCCAAGAACAGCUCUCCUCUGUAAUCAGCAGGGUACUCAGAGCCACACCAAUGACACCAACAGUAACUGCGGACAGACCGGGAAGGGAUGUGGUUUUCUUGUUGGAUGGCUCCGAUGCCACAAGAAAUACAUUCACAGCAAUGAGGGACUUUGUCCAAAGAGUCGUAGAGACGCUGAGUUUGGAUGACGACAAAGAUCGUGUCUCCUUGGUUCAGUAUAGCACGGACGCAGCAGUCCAGUUCUAUCUCAACACAUACACAACCAAAGGCGAGAUCCUUGACAUUGUCAAAGGAUUGAGGCACAGAGGUGGAAGAACCCUCAACACCGGAGCAGCUCUCCAGUACUUGAGGGAUAAUGUCUUCACAGCCUCUGCCGGCAGCAGACGCCUUGAAGGAGUCCCACAGAUCCUUAUCUUGCUCAGUGGCGCAAGGUCUUCUGACAGUGUGGAAGCACCAGCUUCUGCUCUCAAACAGCUCGGAGUGCUGAUCUUUCCCAUCGGUACCAGAAGCUCCGAUAGCGCAGAGCUGCAAAAGAUAGCCCACGACCCCAGAUAUGCUCUCUCGGUGACUGAAUUCACCGACCUCCCCAGGGUCCAACAACAGCUUCAGUCUUCUGUGGAGGCUGUGGUGAUUGACGUCACCCCAGAAACGCCACCGGUAAUUGCCGAGUCACAAGGCCCCCGGAGGGACAUAGUCUUCGUCAUCGAUGGAUCUGAUGGCAUUGGAAGGGAUUUCCCUAUCAUCCAGGAGUUCAUCCGUAAGGUUGUGGAGAAUCUGAACGUGGGCGAAAAUAAGAUCCGAAUCGGUGUGGUCCAGUUUGCCGAUUAUCCGUGGGCUGACAUGUAUCUCAACACACAUCCAACCAAAGAAGACGUGUUGAAUGCUGUCAGGGAAUUAAGGCAGCGGGGAGGAAGAGGGCGUAACCUGGGACAGGCUUUACAAUUUGUCAAUGAGGAUAUGCUGACAGCUGCACGAGGUUGCAGGAAACAAGAGGGUGUCCCUCAGUUUUUGGUUGUCGUCUCCAGUGGGUCUCCAACAGAUGACAUCAAUCGUCCGGCAUCUACCCUCAAACGAUCAAGAGUUAUUCCGUUCAGCAUUGGAACCAGGGAUAUGAAGCCUCAGGAUUUGCAAAUCCUGUCCUUUGUACCUAACUUUGCCUACACUGUAGAUGAUCUUCCAAGCUUGGAUACAGUCCAGGAAAACGUAAUCAAUACGCUUACAGAAUUAUCCGACGAUGACAUCGCCAGGAUCAUCCCGCAAUUCCCAAUCAUUGAAGAAAUCGUUCCAAGCACAGGUGGAGAAAAGAGGGAUGUUGUGUUUCUCAUCGACGGCUCGAGUGCAGCACGAAAUGACUUCCCUUCCAUUCGUGAAAUGAUCAAAAGAGUUGUGGAGAGGUUAGAUGUUGGACUGGAUAAAGUCAGAAUUUCUGUAGUACAGUACAGCGACGACGCAAAGGUAGAAUUCCUCCUCAAUGAAUUUUCCACUAAAAAUGAAGUACGCCAGGCUGCAACGAACCUUCGAAGCAGAGGAGGAAGUCGUCUGAACACAGGACGUGCUCUUGAGUGGGUCUCUCGAAACAUCUACCAGCGGUCCGCAGGAAGUCGCAUCGAAGACGGAGUGCCUCAGUUUUUGAUUGUAGUUACCGGUGGAAGCUCUACGGAUGAUGUUACGACUCCCGCAGACCAACUUAAGAGAAGCCAUGUUGCACCAAUCGCCAUUGGUUCAAGGAAUUCAGACCCGGAUGAGCUGAGGAAAAUUUCCUUGAAGCCUGAACUUGCAAUCACAGUUGAAACUUUCCAGGAGCUUCCAGCCAUGGAGCAGCAGCUCAUUGAUUCAGUCAAAACAAUAUCCGCUGUUGAUAUCAUCGAAAGCUAUCGCCCUCCGGAUGAGCCCUUCGAGGUGUUAGACGUUGGACGAAAGGACAUCAUUUUCCUCAUUGAUGGCUCAGACAACACAGGUGUAACGGGUAUCGCUCACAUCCGUGACUUUAUCUUGAAUCUCAUUCGGCAACUCGACGUGCAACCUGACCAAGUGCGCGUGGCCCUCGUCCAGUAUGCGGACCGAGUCAAACCGGAGUUUUCGCUCAAUUCGUACAACGCCAAGCCAGACGUUGUCAAGGCCGUUAGAAAACUCCGUCAAAUGGGCGGCCGCUCCUCCAACCUGGCUGAUGCUAUUGAAUAUGUCAUACAGAAUGAAUUAAAGCCCUCUGCCGGUGUCCGUCCUCUGGAGGCCUCCCAGCAUCUUGUGGUUCUCACAGGAGGACGUUCCCCGCAAGAUGUGUCUCUCUAUGGGCCUUUGCUUAAGGGAUCCAGAGUUAACUGUAUUGGUGUUGGAGCAAGUGGAGCAGACACAAGGCAGCUUGCCCAAAUUGCUAGGUCACCAGAAGAUGUCCUUCAGGUUCCUACGUUCCCUGGCCUGCCAGCAAUCAACGACAGACUGGUGGCAAGACUGAAAGGGACGAUCAUUGAUGAUACCACCCCGGAGAUUCCCACACAAGGCCUGCCUGCAGCCAAGAAGGCUGAUAUCGUGUUUUUGGUGGAUGGCUCCAUAAACCUGGGCAGAGAAAAUUUCAAUAAAGUCAUGGCAUUUGUCGCCGAACUAAUAGAUCUCUUCUACACCGACAGAGACAACCUGAGGAUUGGACUGGCGCAUUACGGCACUGACGUGUCGGACGUGUUCUUCCUCAACACCUACCAAAAUAAGCCAGAUAUUAUUAGUGCCAUUGAGGGUGCAGAUUAUCCAGGGGGCCGUAGAACCAACACAGGGGCGGCCAUUCGACACAUACAAAACGUUCAAUUUUCCAAAGAAAAGGGCAGUCGUAAAGACCAAGGCACUCCUCAGAUCCUAAUGGUUAUCACGGGAGGACCAUCUUCUGAUGACAGCAAAUCAGCGAUACUUAACUUAAAGAAUAGCGGCGUGAGAGUAUUUGCCGUUGGAGUGGGUGACGCUGACAAUGAGUUGGAAACAAUCGCCAGUGACUCCUCCACUGUGGCCAGAGCCAGAACCAUCCAAGAGCUCUCUGAGCUCAAUGAGCAAAUACUGGGGACGUUAGAUGACGAAGUAAAGGGCAAGCUGUGCGUUGGUGUACAGGAAGCUCCCAGAGCUUGCAACCUCGAGGUGUUAGUGGGCUUCGACGUUUCUGCCCAAAACAUAUUCAGUGUGCAAACCAACCUCCUGAACAAGAUGGCUGCCAUUCUGCAGAGGAUCGCCAAAAUGUCGACCGUCAGCUGUUCAUCGGGGCAAAUUCCAUCCAUUCAAAUCGGCAUGCUCGCCAUCGAUUCCACCGGGCAGCCAGUCCAGGUGGACUUCUCGGACAAUGCCGACAAGCUUUUGGAUGCCUUUAGAGCCCUUCGUGCUCGCGGCCCCUUCGUUCUCAGUGGCAAGACCAUCUCGGCUUACACUGACAGAUUCAGAAACAGACAAGAUGAUACUGUCAAGGUUGUUAUUCAUCUGACUGAUGGUAUUGAUGCACCCUAUUCUGAAAUGAAAAGGCGAGUGGACGAGCUCCGGCAAUCAGGAGUCAACAGUUUGAUCCUGGUUGGGCUCGAACGAGUGCCCAGGUUUGAAGACGCCGCAUUGUUGGAAUUUGGCCGUGGCUUCAGGUACACCAGACCCCUACGACUCAACAUCCUCGACUUGGACUACGAGCUCAUGGAGGAAUUGGACAAUAUUGCAGAGAGGGAAUGCUGCGGAGUGCCGUGCAAAUGUACAGGCACAAGGGGAGACCGAGGCUCCAUCGGAGUUUCAGGACCUAAGGGUCGUCCAGGUGGUCCAGGAAGCCAAGGACAUCCUGGUGAUGAAGGUGGACCGGGAGAACGAGGUCCUCCUGGCGUGAAUGGGACUCAAGGUUUCCAAGGCUGUCCUGGACAGAGGGGUUUCAAGGGUUCUCGGGGAUACUCUGGAGAAAAGGGUGAAUCUGGAGAAAUUGGCCUGGACGGCAUUAACGGCGAAGAGGGCACAAGUGGAGUGGCUGGACCCUCAGGAGACAGAGGACAUCCUGGCAGAAGAGGUCCUAAAGGCAUCAAAGGCCAAUCAGGAGACCGAGGAGAAAUGGGAAUCAGAGGAGACCCUGGCACGAGUGGAAAGGAUAACGCCCAACCUGGACCCAAGGGAGACCCCGGUGAUGCCGGACCAGCGGGCGAGCCCGGCGAGGACGGAAACAAGGGAGGACCCGGAGAGCCGGGAAGAAGGGGAGCGGAUGGGAGACGAGGCGCACCGGGACAAGCUGGUAACGCAGGACCGCCUGGAGUUGAUGGUGUGACGGGAGAACCUGGAAUUGGAGGAUCACGAGGUCCGUCUGGACCCAACGGUGCGCCGGGACCCAGAGGAGAAGACGGAAAUCCUGGACCCAGGGGUCCUGGGGGGAGCCCGGGCACUGCGGGAGAAAAGGGAAGAAGGGGAGCCGUCGGUCGCAAGGGAGAGCCCGGAGAUCCAGGGAUUAAAGGCGUCAUCGGACCCCUCGGACUCCGCGGAGAGUCUGGCGAAGAUGGCAGAGAUGGUUUCGGCAUCGCAGGGCCCAAAGGAAGAAGGGGUGACGAAGGUUUUCCAGGGUUCCCAGGGCCAAAGGGAGAAGCUGGUAACGCAGGAACCAAGGGUGGACCUGGUCUGCAAGGAAAUCGUGGACAGAGGGGCGUGUCUGGAAAUGCCGGAACGCUCGGACAGAAAGGAGAGGUCGGCUAUCCGGGACCUUACGGUCAGAAAGGACCAAGAGGACCGGGAGUUGUGCAAUGUGACCUCGUCAAGAAGAUCCGAGACAACUGUCCGUGCUGCUACGGCAAGCUGGAGUGCCCCCUGUACCCGACGGAGCUGGCCUUCGUGCUGGACGCGUCCAACGACGUGGGGCGUCCGGCCUUCAACAGCAUGCGCGAGGCCACGCUGCGGCUGCUGCGCGGCCUCACCGUGUCGGAGAGCAACUGCCCGAGGGGGGCCCGCGUGGCUCUGGCGCUCUACAACAGCGAGGUGACCACCGAGGUGCGCUUGGCCGACGCGCUGAAGAAGCCGGCGCUGCUGCGCCACGUGGAGGGCCUGCAGACGCUGCAGACCAACAAACGGCGCAGCCUGGAGACGGCCAUGAGCUUCGUGGCGCACAACACCUUCAAGAGGGUGCGCAGCGGCUUCCUGGUCCGGAAGGUGGCCGUCUUCUUCGUGGGCGGCUCGGUGGCCAACGCCCAGGCGGUCACCAACGCCGCCAUGCGACUCCACGACGCCGGCGUGGCCACCUUGUUCCUGGUCAGGAGUGACGACAGGGGGCUCGCCAGAGCUUUGCAGGUGAACAACACGGCGCUGGCCCAGGUCAUCGUCUUGCCCAACCCGGGAAGCUCCCAGUUCGAUUCGGUCAUGACGAAAGUCAUGAACUGCCAUCUCUGUUUUGACAUCUGCGCCCCAGACCAAAUGUGCGACUACAUCCCGCCGUCGUCCGGUCGGGACCGAAGGUCUUUCGCCACCGACGUGGACAUCGACAUGGGCUUUGUGCUGGACAGCUCGGAAAGCACGUACCCCGUCGUCUUCACCGAGAUCAAACGCUACAUCGCGCACAUGGUGGAGCACCUGCAGGUGUCCUCCAGUCCCGAGACCUCCGCUCACCACGCCAGAGUGGCCGUCCUCCAGCAAGCGCCCUACCAGUUCCUCCGCAACCAGACCGAGUCUCCCGUCCGGGUGGACAUCGGGCUGACCGAGCACCGGUCGGCGCAGGACAUCGUCAAUUUCCUGCUGGACAAGACGCCGCAGCUGGAAGGCGGCCGCUCCCUGGCGGCCGCCAUGGAGUGGACGGUGGAGCAGGUGUUUGAGAAGGCGCCGCUGCAACGCCCGCGUAAAGUGUUGACGCUCUUCGUGACGGGCGGCGUGGAGGAGGACGAGGAGCGGCUGGUGCGCGUCGCCACCGACGUCAAGUGCCGAGGCUACUUUGUGGUCAUCUUCGGCGUGGGCGAGAACCUGAGCGCCGCCGACGCUCGCGUCCUGGCCCGCAUGGCCAGCGAGCCUUCCGACGUCUUCUUCAAGAGGCUGGACGCCAUCUCGCACUUUUACGACAAGCACCUGCUCACCUUUGGACAGAUGCUGCCCAAGUACAUCAGCAUUGAAAACGCUUUCUUCAUGUCCCCCGAAGUGUCCAAACACUGCAAGUGGUUCCAGAGCGACCAGCCCUUAAAAAACCCGUUCACCACUUUGGCGCGCCAACCAGAGAGCCAGACCAAGCAUCACGAAAACCAGCAAGAAACUCAUCCAGUAAAGCACAAAGCGGUGGACGCGGAGGAGCUUCACGUGUCCAACGUGACCCGCAGCGGCUUCAAGUUGCGUUGGAGCAACCCGGACCCCAAGAAUUUCGUCUACUUCCAAGUGACGGUGACGCGACUGCGCGACCACGCCUUGGCCGUCAAGACCAACGUGUCGGCGUCCGAGCUUUCCGUGGACAAGCUGGAAAGCGGGCAGACGUACCACGCCGUGGUGACGGGCCACGGCGUCGACGGCCACGUGCUCGCCACCCACAAAGGCGUCGUCACCACCAAGGCAGCGGCGCAGCGGCCACUCAUCAACAGCCGGGUCAUCACCGCCGCCGUCAACAGGCCGCUGGACAAACCGGAGACGGUCACAGUGGCGGAGCCUGAGCCCAAGCAGCAGCAGCAAGUGGACACAGCGGAGCUCCACCCGGCUCCAGCGGCCUCCACAGCCGUGGACAUUUGCCAGCUGCCCAAGGAGGAGGGCACGUGCGCCAAGUUCGUCCUCAAGUGGCACUACGAUGCCCCCAGCAAGACCUGCGCUCGCUUCUGGUACGGAGGCUGCGGCGGCAACCAGAAUCGCUUCGACACGCAUGAACAGUGCGCCAAGGCUUGUGGGAAACCAGCGCCCAUCAAGCAAGGGGUGAUGGCUUCGCUAAGCACAUAGGGGACGGAUCGCACCCGUGGACAGCCUUUACCCGUGUUUUGAGGAGAACGAUCCACACUGGUCAUACUGUACGAAUGGAGGCUGCACUGGAUUCCACACCAAUGGACUUGACCCCGCCCCAAUAUCUUCAGCCAAUCAUGUCAAUUUGUUUGUUUUUAUUUCCCCCAUCACAAAUGAUGAAAAAUAACAGCAAUUGCCGCAUGAAUUGAUUUUUUUUUCUUUUUUUUUUUUAAAUCUACUGGUGCUACUCAAGGUGUUUGUUUUGCAGAUGUGCAUUUUGUUUUGUACAGUCAAGUUGUCAGAUGGCUUCAUCGUGCGGCAAAGUAGGUUUCAUCCAUUCGGGACUUACUUGCAUGACUCACUUUCACCAAGCUUCUUUUGUUGGCUUGCACACUCCACGUUCACCAAUUGGCUUUUGGCUUGUCAUUGUGAUGUCCGUGUAAUCGUUUUUGGUUUUUUUUUUUGUAGCCACGGAAUCCGCACUCCAAAAGUCCAACACGAGUCUUGUAUUAAGUUGCUCGCAAAAGCGCUCGAAUGCAAAGCCAUCAAGUGCACUUCUUGAUCCACUGCCUCAAACAUACCAAAAGCAAUCUCAAGAUAGAAUGUAUUUGUUGAGCUGUCUUUGUUUUUGGUUCAUUUACUGAAGCUUGUGUUUCGUCGGACUAAAGAACACAAAAUAAAACAGACUUUCUAAUAAA